AUGACAGCUCACUGGGUAGACCAAUACUCCAGCACCAGCGACACUUCGUCCAAUCUCAUCAUCCCGGGUUUGCAAGAUGAUAUCACAAAGCUAACAUUGAAUAUAUUCUGCGGUGCGGGCUUUGGCGUACACCUCCCUUUCAAACCUUCCUUAAAGAGCACCACAGAAAAUGCAAAUGCGCAUGACCAAUUUAGAGAUUCCGCUACGCCAUCACCGGGAUAUGAUUUUACAUUCCGCUCGGUAGCGGAGUAUAUAGGCCCCAACCUAACGUCCAUCUUCCUAACCGUUGGCAUCCUCCCCAAAUGGCUAUCUUUCAUAUUGCGACCAUUUUUUAAGACGCCUCUGAAGGCAUACCACAAUCUAGGCAAAUACCUACGCGCCCUAAUAACCAUGUCACAGGAAGAAGAAAGCAACGCCCACAACCUCCUAGCAGGAUUAGUUCGCGCGCGACGAGAAGAGCAACAAAAAGAAUCUGGAAACGAAGAUACGAAGUCGAAAUACGGGGCCGGUCUCUCAGACCAGGAGAUACUAGGAAAUCUGUUCAUGUUUACCAUUGCCGGACAUGAGACUUCGUCAACGAGUUUGCGGUUUGCGUUUGUGUUGCUUGCCAUGCAUCAGGAUAUCCAGGAUUGGUUGUAUGAGGGUAUCAAAGAAGCGGUUGCGGAUGAGCCCGAAGAUCUAGCGAAAUGGGACUAUGUACGGGUUUUUCCUAAAUUAAUCGCUCCUCUUUGUGUUAUGCUAGAAACCCUCCGCCUCUACCCCCCAGUAGUAACCCUCCCAAAAUGGACCUCUCACUCCCCCGCCCCCAUAACCCUCGCUUCAACAACCUACACCCUCCCACCCGGCGUCCCAAUAUCUCUCAACGCGAACGCCCUACACUACUCCCCCGAAUACUGGGGCCCCGACGUGACCAUUUUUAAGCCUUCUCGCUGGGACAAACGAAACACAACCAGUUUUCUCGCAAAAAACGACGGAAUCGAAGGGUUAAAUGUCGCAGGACUAGAUUUCGAUACUGUGCAUAAGCCCGUUCGUGGCGCAUUCAUCCCGUUCAGUGAUGGUAGUAGGGCGUGUAUGGGGAAGAAGUUUGCGGAGGUGGAAUUUGUGGCUGCGCUGAGUGUUGUUUUUUGGCAGUACCGGGUGAGGCUUGUUGGGGAGGAGAGGGGGGCAAAAGAGAGGGCUGAGAAGGCGCUGGGGGAGAGUUCGGCGUUUCUGACGCUGGGGAUGAGGGAUGAUGUGCCGUUGAGGUUUGAGAGGCGGUGA